AUGGUUUCAAAUAGCAAUAUGUCUUCUGCUAACCUGUCUGUUGCAAAGAUGAAUUUUAUGGAAAUAUCGUCCCUUGCUGAGCAAUUUGUUCUGCAAUAUUAUGUUGUUAUGGACAAAUGCCCGGAAUUACUUCAUCGCUUUUAUGGGGAAAAUUCCCGUGUAAUUUAUGAAAGCUCCCCCAUAUGUGGACAACACGAUAUUCACGAGGCCUUUUCAAAAUUGAAGCUUAGUGACACUCGUGUUGUACUUCACACGGUGGAUGCUUUAAAGGCAAAUGAAAAUUCGGUCAUGGUUCAAGUUUGCGGUGAAAUCAGUGUUGCUGGAGGUGAACCCCGUCGUUUCAUGCGGAGCUUCACCUUGUGCGAGAAGACACAAUCUGACUUCUACGUUCUGAGUGAUAUUUUCCGGUACCAGGACCGAGUUUACAUUCCCGAACCAAACGACACAAAUCCCAGUCCUGUAGUUCCUGUCGCUGAACCAAAAGAAAGCAAGAAGUCUGCUCCAGAGAAGAAGAUAAAUGCUAAACCAAAUGGAGUUGCGCACACUCAAAAGCAGCAAUGGCAGAGACCUCAGCCACAAGAAAAAAAGCAUGACGUGCCUUCUCCUCCUGUUACUAAUUCGGUAGAACAGGAGCCUAGGAAGGUGGAAUCGCCUGCUCCACGUUCCAUUACACCAAAAGCGAAAUUAGAUGAAUCACACCAUCCGAUUGAACAACCGGUUAUGCCAGAUCCCGUUCCGCAACCUUCAACAGCUGCUCCAAUGAGUUGGGCGCAGAGAGCGUCAGGAAUAGCGGCUGCUUCGUCAACUGCCAGCCAUAUGCCUCAACCUCAGCCGCCCCAAUCUACGAAGCCAAUCUCUAAUCCUGAGUCCGUUCCUGCUUCUACCGGUUCACAAAGGAAUUCUCACAAAUCGCAACGUGGACCUCGUCAACAACAGGCGGAUACUCGCAGAGACUCAAACAGUGACCGUAGUGAUUACUAUCAGCAGCAGCAGCAGCAGCCACAAGCUCCACAACAGCAGCAGGGUUUUCCGCCGUCAGGUGGUCGUGGGCACGCUGGCCCCAGAGGUGGAGGUCGCGGAACUCGUGGAGCCAUGCUUUCUCGCGGUGGCGGUGGAAGCAACCGCGGAACUGCUGGUGCCCCUUUGAGACGUUAG